AUGGAGCUGAUAAAGAACCAGCCUGGGAAAAGUGCACUAGGGAGACUUGCACAGUCCCAGAUUCCUCCUCCUCCCACCAAGUCUCCUUCUCCUGCUCCUCACCAACCUCCUUACCAACCUCCUCAGCCGAUCAGAGCUGAAGCCGUUGAUUUGAAAAGACUGGAUGAGAUGUUCAAUAACUGUUACCAACAGUUAGAGGAUGAAAGGAAAAAACGGGCGUCUGCCGUACAAACUUUGACCAUAUCGGAGCAUAACCUGGCCGAGGCGAGGAAAAAAUUGACUGCUGAGGAGCAAGCUCGUCGUAGUACUGAUUCGGCCUUGGAAGGCGCACAAAGGCAAGUCGAGGAUCAGAGGAAGUGCCUACGCGAAGCAAAUGAAGAAUUGAAGGCUGCCAGGGAGCAAUUAGCAGCCCUUAAAAAGCAGCUGGAGGAAACCCAACGGCUAAAGGAUCAAGCUGAUAAAUCCAAGGAGGAGGCCGAGAAGGCAAAGGUUGAGGCCGAAAAGGCAAUGGACGUGGCCGAACAGAAAGGUUAUGACCUCGGGGAUAAAGCCCUUAACCGAGCUGGGGUUGAGGCUUCAUCUGAGUUGAGGAAGGCAGAGAAUGUGUUUUACCCUCCUGCAAUCCGAGCCUCGGAUCCUCCUUCCACUCAAGCCGAAGUGACUUCCAUAACUGCUGAUCCAAAUCCAGAAGUAUUGCUUCAGGAUCCUCCUCUUUCUAGCCAACCAGAACCAGCCAAAGAGACCAGUGCUUCCCAAGAAGCAUCCUUGGAUAAAGCUGCAGCCGUUCUGGAGGUGGAGGUAGCUUCUCAAGGUUUUCAGCAAGAUUUGGCCUCUACAGUCAUGCCAGCUGAAGGAGCUUCCAAGGACAAAGAAGGAAUAACUACCUCAAAGGCAGACAAACCGACCAACCAAACUUCCAAGCUUCAAAUUAAGCUUAAAAAAUAA